AAAAAAAAAAAAAGACUGCAAUGGGAUAGCGUCUCCGAUUGGAUUGUUGAAGUUAAAAAAAAUAAAUUGGAAAACGAAGAAGCCAAGAGAGAGAGAGAGAGAAGUCUGAAACAUAUCCGGAGAUGGGGGACGAGAAGGUUAAAGAUGAAGCGAUGCAGAUAAUGGGAAUGUUUCAGAUUCUUCCGAGACUCGUCGUCUUUGAUCUCGAUUACACUCUCUGGCCUUUUUACUGCGAAUGCCUUUCGAAACGCGAAAUGCCGUCUCUGUAUCCACAAGCAAAAGGUAUACUGAGUGCUCUGAAAGAAAAGGGAAUUGAAAUGGCUAUUGCUUCGAGAUCUCCUACUUCUGAUAUUGCUAACACAUUUCUUGAUAAACUCAACAUUAAGCCCAUGUUUGUCGCCAAGGAAAUUUACUCAAGUUGGACGCACAAGACAGACCAUUUUCAGAAGAUUCACACAAGGACGGGAGUGCCUUUUACUGCGAUGCUCUUCUUCGAUGAUGAGGACAGAAACAUCAAAUCAGUUUCGAAAAUGGGAGUGACAAGCAUCUUGGUGGGCAGUGGAGUUACGCUUGGAGCAUUCAGACAGGGGCUUACUGAAUUUACUCAAAAUCAGAACAGUAUCGAGAAGAAUAAACAGGUUUGGCGCGACAAGUAUUCUGGAAAGCCUGCUUCAUCAGAGACAAACAAAGACUGAGACAUUCAUUUCCGUCCAUCGGAUACCCAACAUUCUUGAGUGUUGUUGUAUUUAUUUCCCAUUAUUUACUACAAAUGAGUUACAUGGGUACCUCGAGAUCUGUAUUAAUGUCUGAAAGAUUAAUUUGGCUGUUAAUGCUAUCUGGCUAAGCAAACUGAUUUAUUCGGCUUUCACUUAAAAGAAAAAAAAACA